CUGAAUUAUGAUUACUGUUUUGAAUAUUUUGUCUUUGUUCUGAUAGCAACCAGAUGGACUUAAUGUUAUGAUAUGUUUUAGGUACUCAGAGUCGCCAGAAUUAUGUGCUUGAGUCUGUCCCGGCAAGAAACAGACGUUUGGUGCAGCAAGAGAGUUCGGGGUCACGAAAACGAAGUACAGCAGUGAAUAACCGUGGCUGCAAAUCUGUAGGAUCCCAAAGAUCGGUGACCCAAAUUGGGGAUAACUCGAGUAAAAUGAAGAAAGUGUCCACUGUUACUCCAGAGAAAGAGAAUGAAAUUUUUAAAAAGAAAGAGUGGGUAACAGUAAAUAAAGAUAGCAAGAAAAGUGGACCCCCUCUAUCAAGAACAGAUGCAGUGCAUAUAGCUGAUGUAAAAUCUGUUCAAGAAACUACAGUCACUACAUCCAAGCCAAAGAGAAAAUUAGAAAGUACACGUGAGGGAAGAGUUCGUACAAAAAAAAUGAAAACUCUUGAAUCUGGAACAUCAGCCACCAAUGACAACAAUAACAACUCAGAUCUUAAAAUUGAGACAAAGGAUGAAAUUGAGAGAGUCUCAAAUCCUCCAAUGCAGCAAGUGGUGUCACAUGACCAUGGGUACUUAAAGGCUCCUUCUUUCCAUAAAUAUGAAGUGAAAGAAAGAGAAGCUGCCGUAGGUGAAGUCCUCACUGCUGAAGGUCGACCAAAAUACCCAGGCCAGGACUCCACACAGCUAGUUCGGCUGAUACUGAACGUGGUUUUAGCGAGGUCAAACUCGUUAAGACAGACUGGCGCAUUCGUCUCACUGAUGACCACCUGAUGGAUCUCGUGGCGGUUCAGUUGCAAACAGAGAGUGUUGACAACUUCAAUCCGGACAAAGCCAUUGCCAGAUUCCUAACAACUGGGGCCUGCCGUGUGGAUGGCUUCACUCACACUGCUGGCUGCAGCACAGUGGAAGAUCUGGACGACAACAAUGAGUUGAACGAGGAGCAUGUACAGGAAAUGCUUGUUCAAAUGCAAUGAAAAAUUUGUGCUCUAUGCAAUUUAGUUAAUAUGUGAUUAUUCCAGUGUUGGUUUAUGAUUUAACAUGGUUUCUACUAGUAAAUAAAUCUCACACAGUAAAUACAACUUUGUAUAAACCCAGUAAGUUCCAAUGUUUAAUGUAUAUUGACAAAUUGUUUAAGGGCUAGCAAAAAUUUAUAAGGACUAGUAAAUUUUCAAAUCUACUAGUCCUGCUGGCAACUGAAAAAUGGUGAAUUUCUACACCCCCCCGUUUUAAAUCGACGUUCUACUGUACCUCAUAGG